UGUCGGAACUCACAACUGUCCUGUUCUGUAAUGGCGACUUUACUGAAGAAGGUCUUGGAAUCAAUGUCUAAUCGUUCCAACUCGAAUCGGAACCCAUCUAGAAGGCCAAUCGUCGAUGAAUCAUCUUCUACCGGCGCCUUCGAUCAGAUACCUUCUGAUAUCUUCUAUCUAAUUCUCAAAUUCCUCCAGCCCAAAGAAGUUGCCCGACUAAGCCUUGUUUGCAAGUCAUGGAAAUUGAUCGUUUCCGAUAAUCGUCUUUGGAUUUUUUUCAUUCGGAAUCAACAGGAAUCAUGGGAUACGAUUUUAUUUGCUGAAACCCAUUUGAGAUCCGGCUACCCACUUAAGACGUUUUGUGAUCAAUCAACUCAGUUAUCUUUUAUGAAUAUUUAUGGUCAGCGAGCACAAAUAACUGGUUCUGUUAUCAUUGAUGGUGGCUCAGGCUAUUGCAAGUUUGGUUGGAGCCAAUAUGCUUGUCCAUCUGGGCGAUCAUCAACAUUUUUGGAAUUUGGUAACAUCGAGUCUCCUAUGCACUCGAGGCUUCGUCAUUUUUUCAUGACAAUAUAUAACAGAAUGCAGGUGAAGCCCUCAACGCAGCCAAUUGUUAUUUCCAUCCCAAUCUGCCAUUAUGAUGACACUGAAUCUGCUAAAGCAGCAAGAAAGCAACUGAAAGCAGCUAUCUACUCGGUCCUAUUUGAAAUGAAUGUUCCUGCUGUUUGUGCCAUCAAUCAAGCAGUUUUAGCUCUGUAUGCUGCAAGACGAACGUCAGGCAUUGUUGUCAAUAUUGGUUUCAAUGCCACGUCUGUUGUUCCAAUUUUGCGAGGUAAAGUGAUGCGUGAAGUGGGAGUAGAAGUUAUGGGACAGGGAGCAUUAAAACUUACAGGGUUCCUCAAGGAUCUCAUGCAACAGAAGAACAUGCGAUUUGAGUCAUUAUACACUGUCCGCACGUUGAAAGAGAAACUGUGCUAUGUUGCUGCUGAUUAUGAAGCAGAGCUAUCUAAAAAUACGGAGGCCUCAUUUGAAGUUUCUGGGGAAGGUUGGUUUACCCUCUCGAAGGAGCGCUUUCAAACAGGAGAGAUAUUAUUCCAACCACGUAUGGGGGGAGUACGUACAAUGGGCUUGCAUCAAGCAGUAGCUCUCUGCAUGGACCACUGUCAAGCCACAGAAGUAAUGGGUGAUGAUGGAUGGUUUAAGACUGUAGUCUUGGCUGGUGGGACUGCAUGUUUACCAGGACUGCCAGAGAGGUUGGAAAAGGAGCUGUAUGAAACUCUUCCUGCAAGCAUGUCCAAUGGAAUCAGAGUAAUUCCACCUCCUUAUGGCACCGAUUCUGCAUGGUUCGGGGCAAAGCUUAUCAGCAAUAUGAGCACCUUCCAUGAGAUAUGGUGCAUGAAGAAGAAGCAGUUCCGCCAGAAGUAUGGACACAGCCUCUUGAUAGACUAUUUGUGAACCAUACAUUUUCUGUCCUGCUGGAGCCUUUAAUUCCAUAGUCGUCUUUCGGAAAGGAGUGACCAAUUCUUCUGAUAAGCAGUGUGUACAGUUUGCUAUCUGGCUGGAGACAGUGACUACAUUUUUAUCUCAUGCACCCUGUAUUCUUUUGCAGAGUCUCCCAAGUUCUAUGUGUUCCUUGAUACCAUUGCAUGAGUAGUCAUGAUUUUUGAAUAAAAUUCCCUGUUGUACUUCUUUCAGUCUGUAUUCUAUCCAUCUCAUGCUGCUGAAUACAUAUUAUUCACAUUAUAAUGUUGAGACUUUGCUUGCCAAGUUUUGGACUUUACACAUAUUUGUGGUGACAUUUUACUA